GUAGCCAACACCAGCAACCUCUGGCCUACAUCCAGACCCGCGCCUUUUUUCAACACAUCGCAUAUUUCCGGGAGCUGCUGCGGGAGCUGAAGCUGAAGACGGACAACACAAAUAUAAACCAAAUCCACCACCCACCACCGCCUUCAUCAUGUCUGGAAGCGCAGGCUACGACCGACACAUCACCAUCUUCUCAGACCAGGGCCGUCUCUACCAAGUCGAAUAUGCAUUCAAGGCCAUCACCGCUGCAAACAUCACAUCGCUGGGCGUGCGAGGAAAGGACUGUGCGGUAGUCAUCUCGCAGAAGAAGGUGCCUGACAAGCUCAUUGACCCCAGCUCGGUCUCGCACAUCUUCCGGCUGUCGCCCUCGGUUGGUUGCGUCAUGACUGGCUCCAUUGCCGAUGCGAGAGCCUCAGUGAGCAGAGCGCGGGGUGAGGCUGCUGAGUUCCGCUACAAGUACGGCUAUGAGAUGCCUUGUGAUGUCCUGGCAAAGAGGAUAGCAAACAUCAGCCAAGUCUACACUCAAAGGGCCUACAUGCGACCGCUAGGUGUGGCUACCACGCUCAUCUCGCUCGACUCUGAAUACGGACCCCAACUUUACAAGUGCGAUCCUGCAGGCUACUAUGUCGGUUACAAGGCAACAGCGUCUGGCCCAAAGACGCAAGAGGCGCUAAACUUUCUUGAAAAGAAGCUGAAGAACAAGGAGCAUGCCGACGGCAACUGGGAAGAGGUGGUCGAGCUUGCCAUUACUGCACUGAGCACUGUCUUGUCCGUUGACUUCAAAAAGGGAGAGUUGGAGAUUGGUAUUGUAGGAGGACCCAAGGCGGAUGGCGCGGAGGGUACAGAUCCCGCCUUCAGGGCGCUCACCGAGGACGAGAUCGACGAGCGACUUCAGUCAAUUGCAGACAAGGACUAAGAAACAGCAAACAUGGGGCUGCAAGGAGGGUGUGGGGCGCUCAGGUACGGCCACACAAUCUAAAGCAUUACGAUAUUCACAGGUAGCAUGACACGACCUCUUACACGCCAGAAGUGCUCGAGCAGCACGAUGAAUAAAGACGUUAGACU